GUGUCAAGUGUCGUCUCACCCGCUUUUCGCAUUUUUGGAGUUGAGUCUGGAGAGGAUUUUUUUUGAUUUUUUCUUUAAAUAAAAAAUAAACUUUAUUCUAUCCGGUUUGUUUGAAUAAUUUGACUUAUACAUGAACAAUUAAUAAAUUGCCGACUAUGGAACUGCCGAAGGACAUUUGGAAAAACUGGGAAAAGACUGGCAAACAAGAAUUUGUGAAAAUCUCUGCUGGACUCCUUAAGGAUAAUUCUGCCAGUCCUAUUUUAAAUGAUGGUGGAACCAUUUCUCCAAUUGUUGCCUAUGUUCACCAAUUGAUCGACAAAGGAAUUAAAGGGCAAAUUAAAAAGGAAUCAGUGAUAUUUACCCUAAGUGAACUUGUGGUGAUCCACAGUGAUAUUGCCUCUUUAAUAUGCGAUGUCUUAAAUGUAGCGGAUAGCAUCACAUCUCAAAUAGAUGGGGAUGAUAAUAAGGAUAGAGCUAAUUUUUGCUUUAUUGUUAAGGAAAGUGAAAAGUUUUUGUCUGACAAACUGCUAAAGGAAAGGCUCGAAAUUGAAACUCUACAGGAAGUGGGGAUAUUGAAAAACCGAACUUUUUAUUCUAAGUUUAUUAAAAUUAAGACAAAGUUAUAUUACAAGCAAAGGAAGUUCAAUUUAUUCAGGGAGGAAUGUGAAGGAUUUGCCAAACUGCAAACUGAAUUAAAUAAGGAAUUUAAUGAAAAGACCCAACCUUCGGAGCUCAUUGAUAUUGUACACUCCCUAAUAGGCUGCUUCAACUUGGACCCAAACAGAGUCCUAGAUAUAAUCCUGGAGAGCUUCGAAAAUAAGCCAGAAAACGCGGACAUCUUUAUCCCCCUCAUUAAGUCUUAUAUGAACGACGCGGAUAUCAUCGGAGAGGUUUUGUCCACGAAACUGGCAUUUUUGAAAAAUUUCGAAGAAGAAAUCCCGUCUUCUUUUUACAUUUUGAUCGCGUACCUAUUGCAGCACAAUUUAAUAAAACUGGAAAAUAUUUAUUGCAAGUUGUCACCUGAUGACAAAUCAAUAGAAAAAGAUUGUGAAAAGGCCUUAAAAGAUGCUGCCGAGUACGUGAGAAAGUUGCAAGUUAUCUCGCUCAGUAGCAAAGAAAAAGAAGACGAAAAGGAGGAGCCUGAGAAAGCUGAAGACAUUUACAGCAGCAACCAGAAACUUAGGCUUUGCGAAGCACUAAUAUCAAUAGGAGAUUGGGAAAAUGCUAAAUUUAUCAUAGACUUAUUACCGGAUCAUUAUGCGCUAGGUUUUGAGCCUGUAGCAUUGAGUUUGUGUCAAUUAGUGAAUUCUAUGAUAGAGCCCAUAUAUUCACAGCACUGUUUGUUUGGUACGAGCAUUAAAAGGAAACCUGUACCGAAACAUCCAAACCCUCUCGCUCCACCCGUGGUACAGAAAUUCGAAGAUUUAAAAACCCACGUGAUCCCGAUGCUCCUUGCUUUGGGAUCUUCUCUUCACUACGAUCCUGUACUUUUAAGUAAGCUACUACGCCUCUUUAAAACGAUUUUACAAAAUACAGGCCUAGAGGCGCCAUCUUUAAAAUACGAAUCUCCCAUGCAAUACGAGAUAUUAUCGGUGCUCGAUGUGGCUAUUUUGCCAUCGUUAUCACACUUGGACUGUAAUUGUUGCAUAUCCGAAGAAAUUUGGAAUUUACUGAAAAUGUAUCCUUAUCAAAUGAGGUAUGCUUUGUAUGGUCGAUGGAAAAACGACACCUACUCGGCCUACCCCGAACUAAUGAAAAAACGUGCAGAUUCAGAAAAACAAAUCAAGAAUAUCAUGAAGCGAGUGAGCAAAGAGAACGUUAAACCGGUAGGAAGACUUAUAGGCAAACUCACCCAUUGUGCCCCCGGUUUUUUAUUCGAUUACGUCCUGUUGCAAAUUCAAGUCUAUAAUAAUCUCAUUAACCCAGUCGUGGACUCUAUGAAAUAUUUGACCAGUUUAUCGUACGAUGUACUCGGUUAUUGUCUUAUCGAGAACUUGGCUAGUGCCGAUAAGAAACGGGUGAAACAUGAUAGCACGUCAAUUUCCACUUGGUUGCAGAGUUUAUCGAGCUUUUGCGGUGCAAUAUUCAAAAAAUACUCCAUCGAACUGACCGGUUUAUUGCAAUACGUCGCUAACCAGCUGAAGGCCCAAAAAAGUUUGGAUUUGUUGAUCUUAAAAGAGGUCGUGCAAAAAAUGGCCGGAGUAGAACCUAACGAAGAUUCUACGAUGGAGCAGUUGUACGCUAUGUCCGGAGGAGAGUUGCUCAAAGGCGAGGCGGGCUAUUUUAGUCAAAUAAGAAACACGAAAAAAUCGUCGCAACGUCUCAAAGAAGCGAUGGCCGAGGACGAUUUGGCGGUGGCGUUAUGCCUGUUAAUGGCCCAACAGAACUACUGCGUCGUAUUUAAGGAAACCCAGAAAAAUCUUCACCUUAAAUUGGUCGGGAAAUUAUCGGACCAGUGCCAGGACACUUUGGUGCAAUUCGGCACCUUUUUAGGUUCAACCUUAACCGUUGAGGAAUAUAUUAAUAAGUUGCCCAGUAUUCAAAGUAUGCUGUUGGACUAUCAUAUUCCUACGGAAGUGGCAUUUUUUUUGGCCAGGCCUAUGUUUAAUCACGCCAUCAAUCAAAAAUACGAUCAAUUACGUAAAGCGGAUGCCAACUACAAAAAAAUGUCGAACUCAGUGAAAAACCAGAAGUACCAAGAAGCGGUUCAGGAAGUGAUGCAGCCGGUACACGCCUCCCUUUUACCGCUACAUUCUCCGAAAAUCUUCGAAGACAUAACUCCGCAAUUUUUGGCGACUUUUUGGUCGUUGACCAUGUACGAUUUAUGCGUACCGGAAGACAUUUACGUGCAAGUUAUCAAUAAGGCGAAGCAGCAGUCUGUAAUAGCUGCCGAAAACGUCGGGGCUAAAGGCAAGAAGGAACAGGAGCGCUACCUUUCGUUGAUUGAAAAACUCACUGACGAGAAGAAGAAACAGUCGGAGCACGUGGAUAAAGUACUUUAUCGUUUGAAGCAAGAGAAAGACAGUUGGUUCCUUAGUAAAACCGGAAGAUCCGCCAAAACUGAGUCCAUAACCCGGUUUUUGCAGCUCUGCUUGUUUCCCAGGUGCACUUUCACUCAGAUCGACGCGAUUUAUUGUGCGAAGUUCGUCCAUACCAUACAUAUACUAAAAACGCCCAAUUUUUCCACUUUACUUUGUUACGAUCGGAUUUUUUGCGACGUUACUUACUCAAUAAUAUCAUGCACUGAAAACGAAGCGUUACGCUACGGACGUUUCCUUUACGCCAUGCUGGAAACCGUUAUGAAAUGGCACAAGUCCAAAGACGUUUUCGAGAAGGAAUGCACAAAUUUCCCCGGAUUUAUGACCAAAUUCAGGGUGAGUAAUCAUACCGCGGACAGUUUGGACAACGUGGGCUACGAAAACUACCGGCACGUGUGCCAUAAGUGGCAUUACAAACUGGCAAAAGCUGUAGUGACCUGCUUGGAAUCCAAAGAUUACGUACAAAUCAGGAACUCUCUUAUAAUUUUGAUUAAAAUCAUACCGUUCUUCCCCGUAUUGAUAAAAUUAGCUCAGUUUCUCGAAAAACGAAUUGAAAAAGUGCGCGAAGAAGAGAAAAACAAGCGGCAAGACCUGUUUACUUUGUCGAGCAGUUAUUUGGGUCAACUGAAGCAGAGACUGAACGCCGGUCAAAUGAUGAAGGAAGGAGAUUUUCAUAUACCCGUGGAAAAGGAUAAGCCGAAAACUAACGUGGAUUCAGAUCAGGCGGCGAACAAGGAUGUUGGCAAACAAAACGGAGAUACCAAAGUUUCCAAAGAUGAUAAGAGAAUGGGCCGAAACUCAGAGGAGAAUACGAAAUCGUCUAAAUCGAGUAGCGGCAACAUCGAAUAUAUAAACCUGGACAAAGACGAAAAACCACCCAACAGAGAUGAAACGAAAGAGAAAAUGAGCCGACGAGAAGAGAAACGCAUAAUAAGCGAACUAGAAAAGGAGAUCAAAAAAGAGAAAGAACGGGAGGCUAGCGAAGAUAGAAACAGGCGAAGUGCCGAAGCCAAAGAGGAAAGGUUCAUAGUGGAACUAAAAAGUCCAAAAGACGAGCGAUAUUCAUCAGCGGAGAGACAGUCGAGUCGCUUCUACGAGGAGCGAGGUGCGCACCAUCACAAAGGCGCAGAUCGAGAUAGUGGCGGGUCUUCGGUCACUUUGGCGAAGUACGAGCAAGACCCUGAGCCAGAUAGAGAUUUAAAACGCAGAAAACUGGAAUCAUCCAGCAAGAGUAGUAAACACGAGGAGCGCAAGUCCGGUUCGCUAAUGGACGGUUUCGCCGAAAAAGCAGAGAAAAAAGAACGGUCCAGAACGAGAAAGGAAAAGUCCACCGACGAAGAGAAGGAUCUUAAAAAAGAAAAGAGAGUUGCUCGCAAACGCGAUCGUAUGGACGAGGCCUUUAAGGAAGUGAUGCAAGACUUCACGAAACGGCGCCGAGAUGAAGAAAAGGGAAAAUCACAUCAAAAUGGAGAAAAACUCGAACAGACUGGGAUAAAAGAAAAACACCAUCGAAAGGCCGAAGCCAGGGAUUUAUCACCUCAGUACACCAGCAGAGACAAGUCCCAUGAACGAAGUCAAUCGAGAGAGAAAAACAGGAGGAGUUCGGAACUGAAAAGGAGAUAGCGGACAGCGAAACUACUGCAUAAAGAUCGACGAAUAGUUUUUAAGAACCCCUAGUUUUCAUAGGUCAAGAGUAACACUUAUAUUUGUAUGUGCGUUUUAAUUAAAGUUGAAUUAAGUUUC